UUUGGGUUUCCUGUUAUUUUGGUUAAACCUUUUCACAGCAUUACACUAAUUAUAACUAAUAUUUCUCCUUAAAAUACACGCAUAAAUUAAUCCCAAGAAAUACUGUGUUGGUCUGGAGUUUUAAAAUUGAUUUUGUCACCCCAGCCAAGUGCUGGUGUCUUGCUCUCUGUUCUAUUGGGUCAAAUAUUAUACUUCCUCUUGAUUCAAAAGAUCAAUUACUGCCUAAUCCUUUCUUAAGUCAACGUUGAAAUGGAAAACUAGGAAUCUGAACGAAGAAAGUCAUGGCUGUCAUGAGCUGCCCAGGGUUCAGCCUUCCACUAAUUGUAUAAGUAGAUUUACUUAACCUAAGAGGACAUUUUGGACAAUUUUUGGAGCCGUUUUUGGGGAGAACGGAUCAUGAUAAAGAUCUUUCACUGGAUGGUUACUAGGGGAAGUUGUCCAUUUUCUAGCUUUCAAAAUUGUAAGUAUAGGAUGGAUGAAGGACCUUACAGGAUGCUGGUAGAGGACACCAUGUUUUAGCCUCAAUACAAUACACAGCUUAUUCGAAGUUCAGGAGUUAUUUGGUUUCACGUAAUAAUCAUAAAAGUAUCGGACAGCUACGGUGGUAUUUUUGUAUGGGCUGUGUUAAAAUAAAAUAAAAAAAAGACUCAGAGAAUGAAGUCACAUCUGAUUCCAGGGAUUUAUUGGGUCAUUGUGUUCUCCCACACACUGCCAUGCAACAGCUGAGGGGUUUGAAAUGGGAUCCUGAGCAGGUGUUGGAGUGGGAGAGAGGGAAUUCUGGAGAAUUCAGGAGAGCACUGCUUCUCUCCCUCUCACUGCUCUCCUGGAACAUUUGUACACGGAAACAUAAGAACUGGGGAAAAAAAAGAAAUUCAGUCAAAACCUGGCUAAAAAGAUGCCCGAAGAAUCCGUUUGGUUAGCAUUAAAAAAAAAAACAUGAAAUCAACAUAAACAAUGACUAAACGCAAUUAGAUUUUAUAUAUAAAGUUAUAUGUACUGUAUCUAUGUAGACAAAAGAGAAAGUGGAAACAUAAACGUUGUCCCAGUGGCGACAGGAGCAGUUGGGGCCGUGACCCGUAAGUCAGAGGAGUGUCUCGAAAAGAUGUCAGGAAUGACAACAUUGAUCUCAGCACAGAAGACCGCAGUCCUAGGAAUGGUGUAAAUACUGUGCCACGCCCUCAAACUUCCUGGUCUCUGGUAGAAAAUAAAACAGGAUCACUCACUGGAAGGAUGAGUCAGGUAUAAUACACAAGCUGCUGAUCUGCUGUCAGAUGUGAGUUAGUGCAGCUUGCUGGUGAGUGCCCAUCGUUUAAGUUGUCUCAGGGCAUUGCCCUGUGAGAAGAGAACAGUGGCUUCUCCAGCUGCCCUAUCCUAACCUCUGGUCUUCUUCUAUCACACUUCCUCAACAAAGGCAGGACCCAACAUUACAAUACAAAAUUAAAUGUGCACUUAUGGAUUUCAAAGAUCCUGAGCUAGCAGGAAGAAAACAGCUAGUCAGCUGUUAGACAAGAAGUGGGAAUGGGAUUUAAAAAAAAGAGAAGAACGGUCCAAACACAGAGGAGAGAGUACACUGUUCCCAUGGAAACUGAACGAAAGAAAUGUUUUCAGUUCUAAACUAUCUUGUAAUCUUACUUUGAAUAUCCCUUGGAAAACAAGUGACACUUUUACUGAAGUUAACAUUUUGGAACUAAACCACUUGCAGAAAACUUCAUCCGUGAAGCCUCCAUCCAAGUUUUCAUCCAGAAUGUUUUCUGAAAUCUUAAGGCAAGUCUGUGAAAAUGUUAAAAAAAAAAAAAAGAACAUUCUGUACUAUGUGUAACAAGUGCACUCAUUGUAAAAUAACAAAUUGUCACUUGUCAGAGAUAAAAACAGGCCCUUGAACUGCCCCUAAAGGGACUCAUUCCCCCUGCCUCAGCUACCCAUGAGAGUGUAGUCAGACAUCCAUCACAGUGGUUAAGUGGGAUUCUUCAGUGGAGAUGUUAUCAGGAACAGCCUCUUAAAGGUGCUCACACUCUUCUGUCUCUGUUAUCUAUGAUGAUAAUUGCUCCGAACAUCCAAUCUGCUUUCCUCUAAAGUAAAUCCCUAAGCUCUCCUUCAGAGUCACUCAGCCAGUCAGGUUCCAUUUAAUGCCAACAGCGAGACCGAAUUGGAGGCCUACACUACAGUUUAUUUGCUUAUUUUGCAUGGCGUGGAGUCUCUGGCCGCGGUCCGAGGUAUUACAGCAGGAACUGUGGCAGCCAAGGUCCUAGCAGUGCUGUGCACGGCGGGUCCGUCAGUGGACCUGCGUGUUUAGCAGCCCGUGUACUACGGUGUGAUGGCUCUAAUAACAAAGCACGAUGUGGAGGUGCUCUCACAGUGUGAGUGACAUAAUGGGCACCAUAUGCAGCUGCCCAGGCAGGAAACCACAUACUUCUUCCUCUUUCUAUCUUUGUCUGUAUCUCUCCAUUUUCCUCUUUCUCUCUCUCUCUCUGUCUCUCACUUGCCCUCACUGUGUCAUUCUCAUUUCCUCCUCUCAUGCUUCCAUUUCACACUCCCCUUUUCAGGGCCGAGUAAACGUUAGGACGGUCGGUUAGCUUCGUCACGUUCUGCUGUUCUCGGCUGUUCUUUGUCAAUAGUAGCUGAUCCCAGUUCACUCCCUUGCCUUUACUCCUCCCAGCUCAGGGGGAAAAAAGGAGCCCUUUCUCCAUCCGUCAGUCCUGCCAGGCUUGUAAAUGGCUUGCCUGUCCAUCCGUGUGAGUGAACGAAGUGUCUGCUUCAGUGGCCAGCCUCUGAAUCACCCCUCUGUGAGUGCACUCACAAUGGAUCCUGGGCAUCUGGUCUUAAGAAGCUCCGCCGGCGACGAGCAGCAGUCGGAGAACUCCAUUCGAACUGAAUGGAUUGGCAUGGGGAGAAGCAGAUCUUUCAGCUUGGCUAAGCUACAGCUCUGGAACUGGAUUUCUUUUAUUGUGGUUUUGUUGUGGUCGUUGCUGCUCCGACCAGCGUGCUGUCAGACAUGUCGGAUUCAGCGAUGUAACGCAGAGUAUGUGGCGUCCUUCUCCCUGCCCGGAGGCCUGCCGGAGGAGGCGCCGCCUGACGUGGACCACUGCAUCGCCCUGAGAGCCUACUCGCUGUGCACCCGCCGCACGGCCCGCGGCUGCCGAGGUGACCUGGUGUACCACUCGGCCGUCUUCCGCAUCAAGGAGCUCUUUGCCCAGCACAACUGCUCCAGCGACGGGCCGACAUCGCCAGCCAGGGCCCCGCGCGUGUCACAGCCGCCCGCCGUGGACACGUGCGACUACGAGGGCAGGGUGCUGGCCUCGGGCCCCGGCGCACAGCAGCAGAAGUAUGGCCACUGUGGCCUGUUCGGCGACCCCCACCUGCGCACCUUCCGCGACGAGUUCCAGACGUGCCGGGUGGAGGGUGCGUGGCCCCUCAUCCACAACCGCUUCCUCUCUGUCCAGGUCACCAACGUGCCUGUCGUGCGAGGCUCGAGUGCCACGGCAACCAACAAGAUAACGGUCAUAUUCAAAUCCUACCAUGACUGCACAGAGCAGAAAGUGUACCAGGCAACCACGGAGGACCUGCCCUCGGCCUUCCAGGACGGCACGCGCAGCGGCGGGAAAGGGGGCAGCCUGUGGAUCGCCGAGAACACUGGCGGCUCUGGCGGUCGGCACGUCAUGAUCCACGCGCGCUACCUAGGCACGAGCGUGAUCGUGCGGCAGGUGGGCCACUACCUCACCUUCGCCAUCCGCGUGCCGGAGGAGCUGGCCGAGGAGAACGGAGGCUUGCAGCUGUGCCUGCACGGCUGCCCCAGCAGCGAAGUCAUCAAGGCCCACGUGCUGACCCGGCAGCAGGGUCUCCGCCCACCGCCCCGCCUCCUCGGCGGCUGGUACGAGGAGGGAGGGGUGGAGCAGGGCGAGCGCACGGCCACAUCGGAGCUGCCGCGGGGCACCGCGCCGCACGCUGACAUGCUGGAGCGCGCGACCACCAGGUGCAGGGAGACGCUGCAGGUGGAGGACGUUUACUUCCAGUCGUGUGUCUUCGACAUCCUCACCACGGGAGACCUGGAGUUCUCCAUGGCAGCAUUCGGCGCCCUGGAGGACCUGAAGGCACUGCCCCCCAGCACACUGAGGCAGAGCUCGGCGAGGACUCCACAGGUGCGCGGCGCGGCGGGGGCCGCGGCGCAGCCGGCGCGCCUCCUCACGCUGCUCCUGCCCCUGCUCCUGCUGAAGUGACCCAGGCUUGAGAACAGAGCACUCCUCACCUGUAUGAAGCGCUCCUGAAUAACUUAGCCCUGCUUCCUACAGUUACGCUUGUAAGGAGAAGCUUUUGAAUUGCCAUUGCGACGCUCAGUCCCAGUGCACAAAGGUGUGUCGUGAAAACCCCUCCUAAAUCACAAGACGCUGGUUUUGAAGCACAUUACCUCCUUUUAACACUUUAUGUGUGAGAUUUCCUAAGUGGAAUUAAGUCGCAAUUAUGUGGAAUUAUUUUGCAACAUAACAUACGGUGGUUUUCUGAAGGGGAUUUUACAGUCCACGAAGGCUGAGGGCAGAUAAUCUAAAUAGCUCUUUGACACUCUUUAAGGAAUUCUCUGCAGGUGGACAGUGAGGGUGUGCAUAUAGACAUUAUUUUAAUGUUUAAUAAACAGUGCUGUCUGAUGUCAUACAGGAGGACAGUUGCGAAAUGAACCAUGGAGGAGGUCCUGACAAAGACUCGCUUGUGUCUGUCUUCCUGGAUAGAAUAUGAUACUACUCUACACUCCUUAAGUCAAAUGGACACUAUGCAACUUUCAAAUCUCAGAAUCGCCAUCCUGUUUGUCCUACAGGUUUAUCGCCUGUACCCUGUUUGGCUGACGUAGAGGUAUUCACACCACAUGAGCCAUCACACAUGAUGCUCACACACUGGGACCUUUUGACUCAGCUCACGAGAAACAUGAAGCAAUAAGGGUUAAAGGAAACCACGGAAGAAGAAUUGGUUGGGGAGAGGCUGACAGGAAGGGCUAAAUAUUCUUCACAGAGAGCAGGAGGUAAAUAGUGGAACAACAUGCAAUGAAAUGUUUGAAACAUUCAAGAAAAUGAAUCGGUUGCUCUCAUCUGAUUUAAAGUGUCAAAACCAGGGUUUCACAUGUGCCCUGACUUGUCACAGGCUAAUGAUAUCAGGAAUGUUUAUGUAUUCCGUGCUCACUCGUGGAUAAAUGCGUAAGUCUGUACAGACCAGAACCAGUCAUAAGUUUAUUGGGAGUUUUAUAGAGAUGUAUACACGAUUCUGAUCUAAAAUCUUUCCUACUAAGCUAAGCCUGUUUAUUCACAUCAUUCAGCUUUUGAGAGUUAGUCUUGAAAAAGGUCGUAGAGACCAAAAGAACCAUAACAAAUCUCUCCUUCACAAAUGUUUUCCCAAAUGGUAACGGCCAAACUAAGAUUCAGGUUUAAAUCUCUGAUUUCUGGCUGUCAGUGUCAGUAUUUCCCCCAAGUUAUUCACAAGUGUAAUUACAGUGUAUACUGAAGUCGUAGCUGCGCAAGUCAUUAUGCGAGUUUUUUCUCUUGUAUUCUCAUUGGCUGUUCCUCAUCGCUGCCCCUGUUAUUGGUCACAGAGGUACUCGCACUAUAAGAUUUCACAUGAUUUAUCGCCGAGAAUUUCAAGUUUGGAAAUAUCGGAAAGACUGCGAUAGCCCAAACAUUUGUGUGUGACAGCAAAAUUGGGGCUAAAAAUCAUGUAGUGUUCACCCGGCUUUAAAAAAAAAAAGUAUGUGGGAUCCAACAACUGAACAAAAAUACUACCUACCCAUUUGUGUAUGGUUCCGGAUUGCUCAUUUCCAUCAGAAGUGACAGUUGCAGUGUAAGAACGCUCAUUUUUCAAGCUGCUUUGCUCCCAGCAUUAUUGUAUAAGGUUAAGAAACAAAUUCUUUAUAUAAUAAUAUAUUGAAAGACUGUAUAUAUGUUUUAUAAUGUGUACAUUCUGCUGUGUAUAGAUUAUUUUAAAUGUGAUUUUUCUUUUGCAGCCAUUUGACCUUUUUGUUUGUUUUUAGUUUGUUUUUACUUUGAAAGCAGUUCCUUUUAUGUAAUCCCUCAUCCUUUCAUUAUUAAAAACGUUUUUGUGACCCUA